AUGCAACCUCGUCCGCAAUUCAGCAGGCACAGGCUUUCAGGAGAGAUGGAUCUAUACCGGCAGAUCAACACGCUCGCCUACAAGACGCUCAAAAUCAUCCUCGUCCGCCACCGCGUUUCCACCAUCUACAGCGCCCUCGUCCUUCCCAUACUCUUAUCCGUCUAUCUUGGCCUCGGCCAAAACUUCAACAGGCCCAACUCGGAAUUCGGAAUCGGACACCCGCGAAACGUUCUCGCUCUCGCCGACGCCCUCUCCCAAGCGGAUGGCGGCCGCAACACCGUUGCUCUAGUCGACAACGGCUAUGCCGCCGGUGACGUCGGCCGCGUCAUCGACACCAUUGCCAAAAUUGUAGCCGGCGCCGGGAAGAACGCGACGAGGUUGGCCAGCGAGGAUGAGCUCGGCUACGUCUGCCGCAGCUCCAUCAUGGGAACCUCGCCCUGCUUCGGCGCCGUCGUCUUCCAUUCAUCUCCCGACCAAGGGACUGGCGGUCUCUGGAACUACACCUUGCGCGCCGAUGGCGGCCUCGGCAACCGGUUCAAGGUCGGCUUGGAAUCCAACGACGCCGAGAUAUACGCCAUGCCACUGCAGCGUGCUGUCGAUGCCGCCAUCGCCGGAUCGUCCUUCCCCGAGACGACUUCGCAGUACCCGUACACAGCCCUGACGGAGGAUGAGCGCCAGGCCAAAGUCCGACGGCAGUACCAGGCCUCCUUCAUCAACUACCUUAGCGUAUCCUUUCUCAUCGCCCUCAUCGGCGUCUGCUAUCACAUGCCGGGCCUCAUCGCCACCGAGCGUGAAAAGGGCCUUUCCCAGCUCAUCGACGCCAUGAUGCCGGCGGAGAAAAGCUGGCACCGUCAGUUGGCCCGCUUCAUCUCCCACCACAACGCCUUUAUCCUUACCUACACGCCCGGUUGGAUCGCCGCCGCCGUCAUCUGCGGCGUUAUGAUCUGGAAAAACACGAGCGUGGCAAUCUUGGUCGUCUUCUUCGUCCUCGCCGGCGUCGCCAUCACCUCCAUGUCACUCCUUGGCGCCUCCUUCUUCCGCAAGGCACAGCUGUCCGGCGUCGUCACUGCCGUCAGCUGGAUUGUUCUCGGCAUCAUUGCCCAAGCGCUGACGAAACCCGGUACUGGCGCCGUCGUCAUCCUGAGUCUGCUCUUUACGCCCUGCAAUUUCGUCUUCUUCAUCACUUACGUUGCCCGCUACGAGCAAGAAGGCGUCGGUGCCAAUUUGCUCCGUGCGCCGCCCAACAGCCCCUGGAACGUGCCAGCCGUUGUUCUCUGGGUCUUUCUCGCCAUUCAAGUCGUUGUUUAUCCCGUCGUCGCCGCCUACCUAGAGCGAAAAUUCCACGGCGUCACGACGGGUGUUCGAAACGUCCCAUCCGAACUCCCCAAGUCGGCGGCAUCAGAGGGUCGAGUCGACAUCGUGCGCGUCGAGCAUAUGACCAAAACUUUCCACCCCACCUUUUUGCGCCGCCUCUUCUCCUUUCUCUCUCCCUCGCGCUCCCGGGACAUCGUCGCAGUCGACGACUUGACAUUGACCGCCAAGAAGGGCCAGAUCCUCGUCCUCCUCGGCGCCAACGGCAGUGGUAAAAGCACGACGCUCGACAUCAUCGCCGGCAUCAGCAAUCUUUCCAAGGGAAACGUCUUCAUCGACGUCGGCGGCGGCCUUGGUGUCGCGCCCCAGAAGAACGUCCUGUGGGACGAGCUCACGGUCAAGGACCACAUCAAGAUCUUCAACCAACUGAAAUCUCCCACCAAGUAUGCGACCGAGGAGGAGACCGGCGCUUUGAUCGACGCCAUCGGCCUCGGGCAAAAGACCAACGCCUUAGCCGGGACCCUGUCUGGAGGUCAAAAGAGGAAGCUCCAGCUAGGUAUGAUGCUAACCGGCGACAGUGCCGUCUGCUGCGUCGAUGAGGUGUCUUCUGGCAUCGACCCCCUGUCACGGCGAAAGAUAUGGGACAUCUUGCUGUCUGAACGCGGAAACAGAACGAUCAUCAUGACGACGCACUUCCUCGACGAGGCCGACCUCCUCGCCGACAAGAUUGCCAUCCUGUCCAAGGGUCGACUGCGUGCCGAGGGCUCGUCCGCUCAGCUCAAGGAUGCCUUCGGUGCCGGGUAUCAGGUCCACGUUCUCAACGAGCGUGCCAGUCAGCGUGCUCCUCAAAUAGACGGUGUUCGGUGUCAGACAACGGCCAACAGCAUCAAGUACACUGCUCCGUCGUCUGGUCUCGCUGCCCAGGUUGUUCGCACCCUCGAGGCGGAAGGAAUCCCGUACCAGCUCUCUGGUCCGACCAUAGAAGAUGUCUUUCUCAACCUGGCCGAGGAAGUAGAAGAUAAAAAAGUCCCUCCUCAUUCCAACGAGGCGCGUCCUUUUGUUUCGAUGGAAAAAUCUCCCCACGAACCCAAGGGGGCCAACGCCUUUGAGGAUGCCGAAAUUGGGACCUUGUGCUUGUUGACGGGACGUCCCGUUUCGUUGGGGAAGCAGAUUGUCGUGUUUCUUCGCAAACGUCUUGUCAUCUUUAAGACCAACUGGGUUCCCUAUGUGGCUGCCUUUGUCAUACCAAUCAUCGCUGCGGCCAUCACCCAGCUCCUGGUCAGGAAUGAGGCCCCAGUGGGAUGCACCCCCAUCGACCAGAGUAGCCAGAACUCCAACGAGGACUUUGCCGACUUGAUCGGCGAGGCCAGUGUCGUCGCCGGUCCCUCUUCCAUGUUCACCAGCGCUGUCGGCGACCUGUUCAGGCCCUACUUUCCAGCCAAAUCCGGCGGGCGUGGAAGCGACACUGGCAGCGGUGCUGGCGGAAACGGUGAAAUGUCCCUCGGCAACGCAACAUUGUCGCUCGUCGCGUCUCUUGCCACCUUCGAUUCCUUCAUCACGGACAAUCGCAAGAACACAACGCCCGGCGGCUGGUGGCUUGGCGAUUCUGCCACUACACCGACCGUCGCCUAUAAAGCGGACGAGUUGUCCAUGUACACAUCUGUCAUCAGCCAGAACCUCCUCGACACGAUGCUGGCCAACAUGAGCAUAGCGACGAUGUAUGCUCAUUUCGACUAUCCUGUCGCCCCCUUUACCGGGAAAGCCCUUCAGCUCGUCGUCUACUUCGUUCUGGCCUGUUCGAUCUAUCCAGGCCUUUUCGGCCUGUACCCGAACAUCGAACGGCGCACGAAAGUCCGCAGCUUACAGUACUCGAGCGGUGCGCGAACCUUGCCCGUCUGGAGCGCCCACCUUAUCUUUGACUUUUCCAUCAUUCUUGUUUCCAUGGGCAUCGUCAGCGUCAUUUUCGUGGCGACUUCCAAUGUCUGGUACCACCCAGCAUAUCUCUUCCCGGUCUUUAUGCUGUAUGGCAUCGUCUCCAUUGAGGUCGCCUACUUCUUUUCCCUUGUAUGUCAUAGUUCGCUGGCUACCUACGCCGCGACGUCCGUGUUUCAAGGUGUCGGAUUUGCCGUAUACGUCAUCACCUACUUGUUCGUCCUCACGUACUCACCGGCUGCGUCGAUGAACAGUAACAUCCUCAUUGCCAAUUGGGUCAUCUCGGCCAUUUUCCCCACCGGAUCCCUAAUUCGAGCCCUUUUCGUCGCGCUUAACACGUUCUCGACGACGUGCGAUGACGAUAAACUCCAGGCCUACCCCGGCGCCAUGACUGCCUACGGCGGACCCAUUCUGUAUCUUGCCGUCCAAGCCAUGCUGCUUUUCGGACUUGUCAUUUGGCUCGAGAGCGGUUACGGAAAACUUUCGACCGAGACGGCCGAACAAUCUAAGGAGGUCGACGACGCGGAGAUUGCAAACGAGCUUGUCCGCGUCGACGGCCCUGGCGAGCAUGCCGACGGCCUUCGCGUCGUGCACCUGACCAAAGCUUUCGGAAAGAACACGGUAGUUGACAACGUCACUUUUGGCGUCCCGCACGGGGAGGUAUUUGCCCUGCUCGGGCCCAAUGGCGCUGGAAAGUCCACCACGAUCGCCUUGAUCCGUGGCGAUGUCGCGCCGAGCCGCAAAGGGGGCGACGUAUUUGUCGAAGGGGCCUCGGUCAACAAGAAUCGGGCGCUCGCGCGUCAGAACCUCGGAGUUUGCCCGCAAUUCGAUGCCGUCGACUCCAUGACGGUGCUCGAGCACCUCGAGCACUACGCUCGCAUCAGGGGCAUCACCGAUGUGAAGCACCAGCUCCAGGCCGUGAUAUGCGCCGUUGGCUUGGAGGCGUACGCGAAUGUCACGGCCCACACGCUGUCCGGGGGCAACAAGCGGAAGCUGUCCCUCGGGAUUGCCAUUACAGGCAAUCCGUCGGUACUUCUCCUCGACGAGCCCUCCUCCGGGCUCGAUGCGGCGGCCAAAAGAAUCAUGUGGCGGACGCUCGAAGCGAUCGUCCCUGGCCGAUCGAUUCUACUCACCACACAUAGCAUGGAGGAAGCCGACGCGCUCGCGAAUCGGGCAGGCAUCGUGGCCCGGAGAAUGCUCGCCCUGGGCACGACGGAUGGUUUGCGCCAUCGGUUCGGUGACACUCUUCACGUCCAUCUCGUAAGCAGGACGGCACCCCACUCGAGCGAGGAAGAAAUGGACCGUGUCCGUUCUUGGGUCCUCGACACGUUCGUAGGUGCCGAGGUGGACCAGAAGACUUUCCACGGCCAGAUGCGCUUCUCCGUUCCGGCGUCCUCGGUGACGGCAAUGACGCGACGAGAAUUGGCCAAGGAGGAGGGUCCCAGCAAUGCGAGCGGCGCUAUUGGACGGCUACUGCUCAUGCUGGAGGACCACAAGAGCUCCCUCGGAAUCGCUCACUACAGCGUUGGGCCGACGACGCUCAAUGAAGUGUUCCUGGCCAUUGUUGGCCAGCAUGAAGUCGUGGAGGAGGGCUACAAGAGGGAAAAUGGGAAGACGACACCGUGGUGGAAGAAAGCGCUGUGGAAAUCUUGA